GUACAGCAUUGCCAUUUCUUAUUUCUCCGUAAGUUUGGCGCCGCUUGCAUCGCGUGCAGCCCUUCACCAACCACACGCGUGGAGCAGCUUGUGCGUCUUGCAGACCUUCAUUGGAGGUUUAAGCACGAGUCGGAAGUGAUCUUGAGCUUCAGGCCCCUGCCACGUAGCACACGCCCACCGCUUCGGAGCGCCACACCAUCUCGCCAUGGCGUCCGCCAACCGCGUCGACACCGGCGCUUGUCGCAACCCCUCGCUCAACAUCCGGCCCGACCUAGCUCGCGCCGCGAACGCCAUCACCGGCGCUCAGGUCGAUGACGAGCUGGUUGGCCCCCGCGGCGACUGGUGGUGGACCGGCAAGCGCCCCGAGGAGUGCCCCGGCUUUGACAAGGCCGCGGGCGUGCUUCGCUCGCUGCCGCUGCCCAACACGCGCAGCUUCACGCGCCAGUCGGUGCUGGACUACUUCGACAACUCGUGGACGCUGACGGAGGUGCUGUUUGCGAGCCUGCAGACCACGGAUGCCUUUAUCCGCCAGCCCUACCACCAGCUGCGCCACCCCAUGAUGUUCUACUACGGCCACCCCGCCGUGCUCUACAUCAACAAGUUCCGCGUGGGCGGUCUGCUCACCGACGGCCUCAACCAGUUCUUCGAGCAGCUGUUUGAGACGGGCGUGGAUGAGAUGAGUUGGGACGACCUGUCGCGCGGGCGCGACGACUGGCCGCCCGUGCGCGAGGUGACCGAGUACCGCCGCAAGGCCUACGAGGUGGUGCGCGACGUCAUCCUCAACCACCCCGCGCUCGACAAGCCCGAGAUCGGCUGGGACGAUCCCGCCUUUGCCGUGUUCAUGGGCUUUGAGCACGAGCGCAUCCACAUCGAGACCAGCUCUGUGCUCAUCCGCGAGCUGCCGCUGACGAGCGUGCGCAAGCCGGAGUUCUGGCCCGACUACCACCCCACCAGCCACAACAGCUCGGCGCCGGUGCCGACGCAGGGCGUGGACUUCCCCGUUAACAACCUGGUGCCGGUAGCUGGCGAGAAGGUGGUGCUGGGCAAGGACAUUGCCUACCCCUCGUUCGGGUGGGACAACGAGUACGGCGCCAAGGAGGUCAACGUGCAGAGCUUCAAGGCCACGCAGUUCAAGGUGACCAACGGCGAGUUCCUCAAGUUUGUCAAGUCGAGCGGCUACAGCAACCCCAAGUAUUGGUCUGCUGAGGGCUGGGGCUGGAAGACCUUCCGCAACGUCAAGUGGCCCACCUUCUGGAUGCCUGACGGGCCGCAGGGACUGCACCGCUACAAGCUGCGCGUGCUGUUCGACGCCAUUGACAUGCGCUGGGACUGGCCCGUGGACGCCAACUACCACGAGGCCCGUGCCUUCGCCGCCUGGCGCACCGAGGCCGACGGCGCGUCCGUGCACUACCGCCUCAUCACAGAGGCGGAGCACAACCUGCUGCGCAACAGCCGCGACCGCGUGGACGCCCACCUGCACACCAAGGCCGGCAGCGCGCAGGCGGCGGCCGCCGCGGCGGAGCCGGGCCGCCGCGCCGGCGCCAACGAGCGCGUGAGCCCCGACCUGGCGAUGGAGCUGAGCGGCGCCAAUGCGACGGCGCGGGAUGCGGCGAGCGGCGCGGGCGGCUUCAACGUGCAAUUGGCGCACAGCAGCCAGAACCCCGUGACGGAGCUGCCGCCCUCGGAGAAGGGCUUCUACGACACCUUUGGCUCGGCCUGGGAGUGGGCUGAGGACCACUACGCGGCCUUCCCCGGCUUCAAGGUGCACCCCUUCUACGAGGACUUCUCGGCGCCCUGCUUCGCCGGCAAGCACCAACUGAUCCUGGGCGGCUCCUUCAUCUCUACCGGCCAGCUGGCCUCCAAGUUCGCGCGCUACCAGUUCCGCCCGCACUUCUUCCAGCACGCCACCUUCCGCCUGGUGGUGCCCGACACCGACCUGUCCCUCUACGACGCCGCGCGCUACGGCCCCUCCAACCCCAUCACCCCCUUCUUCGAGACCUCGUGCAUGGACUCCGCGCCGCCGCACGUGGGCGACGGCCCCUGCUGCUCCAAGGCGCGCCGCCAGGCCUUCACGCCCACGGUUCUGGAGGAGGCGGCCUCCACCAAGGCCAAGCUAGAGGCGGCACAGGUAGCCUAUGAGUCCGACGCCAUCCUGUCGCAGUAUCUGUCGCUGCACUACGGCCCCGUGGACCGCGUCUACCCCGAGCUCGCCAACGAGACGGGCAUCAUCGCAGCCGCGCUUGAUUUCCCAGCCAAGCUGGCCGAGUGCCUGUCCUCCUGGGCGGAGCGCGCGGGCGUACUGCCGGCGGCGGCGGCGGACGGCGCCUCGGCGUCAGGGAGCGGGCGCGCGCUGGACCUGGGGUGCGCGGUGGGGCGCUCCACGUUCGAGCUGGGCCGGCGCUUUGGCGAGGUGGUGGGCGUGGACAUCAGCAAGACCUUCAUCGAGGUGGCGGCCAAGAUCCGCGACAAUGGCCGCAUGGACUAUGAGUGCGCGGUGGAGGGCGAGACCACGGAGCGCCUCACCGCCGCGCUGCCCGCAGCCUCGGCCGCCGCCGCCGGCCGGUGCCGCUUCCUGCAGGGCGACGCCACCUCGCUGCCCGCCUCCUCGCCCACCGCGCCCGGCUCCUUCGACGCAGUGCUCGCUGCCAACCUGCUCGACCGCGUGCCCGAGCCCGCGACCUGUCUGGCGCAGAUCAAGGCGGCGCUCAAGCCCGGCGGCGUGGCGCUGCUGACCAGCCCCUUCUCGUGGCUGGAGCAGUACACGGACCGCAGCAACUGGCUGGGCGGGAGGUACGUGGACGGUCUGGCGCGGCGCAGCGCCGACGCGCUCAAGGCGGCGGUGGCGGAGCUGGGCUUCGAGGUGCUGGAGGAGGGCUCCAUGCCGCUCAUAAUCCGCGAGCACGGGCGCAAGUACCAGCUCAUCAACGCGCACAAGCUGGUGAUGCGGCUCAAGGCGUAAGGAGGGCGUUUGGCCGGGCGCGCCUGGUGCGGUGUACUACUUGCGGUGUGUGUGUGGGGGGGGAGGUUAUUUGGCGUGUGUGUGUGUAUGUGUGGGAGUGAGCUGACUGAUGCGGCGCUAUAGCAGUAUUGAUGACGGUGACCACUACGGGGUUGGGGGCUGGGCGCUCGAGUGCAUGGCUUGCCACGACGGGCCGAGUGCGGUAGUAGAACGGUUAAUUGGGGUGACGAGUACACGCGUGUGUGAACUUCAAAGCCAGCCCGACAAAAAGGCAACAAGAGAAGAAGACAUUGCUUGUCACAGGCUAGGCCAGGUCAGGUUCGGGCUACUUCUGAAACAUGAACGGUGCCAGCAGGCGACGCGAAUGCCAAGGCAGGGCUCGAUUGCAGUGCUCGAGGCUUGCUGGUUGCUGAGAAGCUAGAGAAGAGGCAGUACGAUGGAGACGUGCACAGUUGGCAUCGCACAUGCAAGCGGGGGAGAGCAUUAGCCCUUAGGCGAGAGCGAGCGAAAGGUAUGUGCGGAGGGUCGACAGGAUGUCCACCAGGCCAGUUGCGACUAGCGUGCAUGAACGGACGUGGCGUUGGUGAUGCCGAGUUUGGGCGAGUGAGCUGCAGGAAUGCAGGGGCGUGAGCAACGUGAAGUCGUGAGCUGACUCGUGGGGAAUCUGGGGGCAGGCGACUUGAGGGGAAGGGGCAGGAGACGGACGCACACGACGAGACACGGUCUCACGGCAAAGUGUGUAAGGUGUGACCACC